AUGCAGCUUUCCUCGACGUACACCUUGUCCCUCCUCGCCUUCCUUCCAACUCUCACAUAUGCACAAGCAGGCUUAGCAGGCGUGGUUGCUACAUCAGCAGCCACCCAGAUGGCAACCACGACUGCUGGGGCUCCAUCACUUUACACAGUGGGUAGCGUCACAGCUGUCUCAUACAUACCAGUAUAUACGCAGACCUUUGCAACAACAGCCUUGGGAACUUGGGCGAUCGGAGCUACUCCUCUGGUCGGCAGUGUGGGAUUAGGAACAAUUCAGGGAACCGUGGGAACGGUUAAGAACAAGAGAGCUUUGCCUACCGCAAUGUUUGGGAAAAGUCAUUAG